AUGGAAAUAUUAGAUCAAGCCAAUCUCCUUGGCACUGUUUCCAAUUUGCCGUUAACUGAUCCCAAGGAGGCCUCCCAAUCAACUGGAAUUUUACCUUUGAUAGGCGAAACAUUCGUCCUAUCUUCACCAUCUAUACGGAUACCACCUAUACGGAUGGAAGGGAUCGAGGAUACGGCAACCCAACAAGUCAAAAGUAAUUUGAGGUAUGCCAAAUGUUCUGAAGAUCUUUCUUCAUGUCUCCCACCUAUAGGCUUUCUUCGGUUCUCUCCUCAACUUCAAGGUCUCUCGAAACCACUCAUAUACUUAACUUGCAAACAUAUCAUCCAUUACAAUUGUAUCGAUAAUCCACAAAAACUGUGUCCUAUAUGUCCACCAACUGAUAUGAAAAUUGAUGAUGGUGUUAUAGUAACUGUUACCCAAGA